UACCUUCUAUUGUGUGCAAUUCUGUAUUUCUGUCUGAUUCUUUCUCUCUUCCUCCUUUACUUUCUGGAAACAGGUUGGAAAUUAUUAGGCCAAUAAUAAUAACUACUGUAAUAAUAGCAAUAAUAAUGGAUUGGUUGGUUCAAAUUCUUGAGAACAGAACAAGCAACCCCUCCUUCACUUUCCCACUUUCCCACUUUCCCACUUCCCCUUUCCAUUAUUAUUAAUUUAAUUUAGUUAAGCAAUUUCAUCAUUCUCCUGUCUGAUUUGAUUCAAUGGGGAAGACUAUUAUUAAGAAGCAACAAUCUUACAUAGCAGUUUCAUCUGAAAUCAUCAAUUCUCUUUCUUCUUCCUCCUUACAGUCCAUGCUUGUAGUAUCUCCUCCUAAGAAGAACAAAUGUUCCAAGAGAAGGCAACUGGGUAACCCUAAACUAUGGUUUUUAACAAUCUUCAUUCUGGGGUUUCUGGGGUUUCUGGGUAUGACGAAGCUUUACUUCAAUCUCAACAUGGACCCCUGUAAUCAGCAACAGAAGCUGCAGCAACAGCAGCAACAAGAAGAGGAGGUAACAAGUAUGAGUUUACCAGAAAAUGAAGAUGAAAAGAACAGUAGUUCAUCAUUCUGGGCUCAGCCGGAUGGGUUAGGGUAUAAACCAUGUCUGGAAUUUAGCCAAGAUUAUAGAAGAGAGAUGAACAGGAACAGAACUGAUUAUCUGAUGGUGGUUGUAAGUGGUGGUAUUAAUCAACAGAGAAAUCAGAUUGUAGAUGCUGUUGUUAUUGCUAGAAUACUGGGAGCUGCCCUUGUUGUUCCAGUUUUCCAAGUUAAUAUCAUCUGGGGAGAUGAAAGUGAAUUUUCGGAUAUUUUCGAUUUGGAGCACUUCAAGAGUGUUCUUGCAGAUGAUGUAAGGAUUGUUUCCUCACUUCCUUCAACACUUUUGAGGACAAAACCAGCUGAGGAGAGUCAAACUCCCUUUCAUGCCACCCCUCAUUGGAUCCGCCAUCACUACCUUGGAAGGCUGAGAAAGUAUGGUGUUUUGCUGUUACGUGGUCUAGAUUCCAGGCUCUCUAAGGAUCUCCCAUCUGAUCUUCAGAAGCUCCGUUGCAAGGUUGCAUUUCAGGCACUCAAGUUUGCUCCCCACAUUCAACGUUUUGGUAAUAAAAUCGCGGAGAGGAUGAGCAGCAGAGGCCCUUACGUAGCUCUACAUCUGCGCAUGGAGAAAGAUGUGUGGAUAAGAACUGGAUGUUCACCCGGCUUAAGCCCAGAGUAUGAUGAUAUCAUAAACAAUGAAAGGAGGCGGCGCCCUAAGCUUCUUACUGGCAAGUCUAACAUGACUUCCCAUGAAAGAAAACUUGCUGGUCUUUGCCCCUUGAAUGCCCUCGAAGUUGCUCGGUUGCUCAAAGCUUUUGGUGCACCAAAGAGUGCUAGAAUAUACUGGGCAGGAGGACACCCACUUGGCGGGAAAUAUGCCUUGAUUCCUCUCACUACCGAGUUCCCUUACUUUUACAACAAAGAAGAUCUUGCGUUGCCUGGUGAGCUAGAGCCAUUUGCAAACAAAGCUUCUUUCAUGGCGGCCAUUGACUAUAUAGUCUGUGAGAAGAGUGAUGUAUUCAUGGCAUCUCAUGGGGGAAACAUGGGACAUGCUAUCCAGGGGCAAAGGGCUUAUGCAGGACACAGAAAGCACAUAACCCCGAAUAAGAGACACAUGUUACCGUACUUUCUGAAUUCGUCUCUGCCUGAAAGUGAGUUCAACAAAAUCAUCAAGGAACUUCACCAAGACUCUUUAGGGCAACCAGAAUUCAGGAAAAGCAAACCAGGAAAAGAUGUUACCAAGUAUCCUGCGCCGGAGUGCAUGUGCAAUACUACUUCAAACAGACAUCCUUCUGCUUAAUUGAAGACUCCAUUUUGAUCAAUCCUUAACAGAACCAGUACAGACAGAUGACAUUUAUAGUCUAGCUUCAAGUGUGAAUCCUUGGUGCACAAUAGCACGAGGUUUAUUCAUUUUAUUCUUUCCAUUUUUUAUAUAGAGUUUGUAAUCUCUGUAUCACAUCCUUCACUUGUAAAUUUGUACAGAUAGCAAAUAGAAUACACAAGAUUUACACGUUUGUUUAUUUCCUUUUCAA